CGUUCCGUUUCUCGGAUUGAUCAUCGUUGUUGUUGAAAAUCAACUUUCUGACAAUGGCAAAGGCAGAGAAAAAGCCGGCAGAGAAGAAGCCUGCGGAGGAGAAGAAGACCGCUGACAAGUCUCCGGCGGCUGCGGAGAAGAAACCCAGGGCGGAGAAGAAGAUAGCUAAAGAAGGUGGUGCUGAUAAGAAAAAGAAGAGGUCGAAGAAGAGCGUGGAGACUUACAAGAUUUACAUCUUCAAGGUGUUGAAGCAGGUUCACCCGGACAUAGGAAUUUCCAGCAAGGCCAUGGGAAUAAUGAACAGCUUCAUCAACGACAUAUUUGAGAAGUUAGCUCAAGAGUCUUCGCGCCUAGCGCGCUACAACAAGAAGCCGACCAUCACUUCCAGGGAGAUCCAGACCGCAGUGAGACUGGUUCUUCCCGGAGAGCUGGCGAAGCAUGCUGUUUCUGAGGGUACCAAGGCUGUUACCAAAUUCACAAGUUCUUAGGAUUUUCUCUGUUAUGUAUUUUCUCUUGUUAGGGGUUGUUUAGGUAUUAGAUGUACGAAUCCAAUGUUUCACUACACUUGUAAACUGUGGACAUGUUAGGCCAAGUAAUUUCUUUCUCCUUGAUGCAAAUGAAGCUCUAAGUUGUUAGUUCCCUUAUUUUCAA